GUUAGACCGACACGCGCGGCGCCUGCGGGCCUGUGCCAGGACCGACGGAGCCGACGCCGCGGGGCAGCAGCUGCUUCUACUCCAAUGGCUCCUUGAUUCCCCAGGAGCUGAGGGCCCCCUGUGUCCACUCCCUGUGCUUCAUGACGAGGGCUUUGUGGCUGCCGCAGCAUGGUACAAGCCUGCUUGGUGUGCUCCAGAGUUCAUAACGGCAGCCUGCCAGCCCGGGCAGCCGGGGCAGACAUGGACAAGACAGACAAGCCCAGUCCCUCUGCCAAGAAGCAUGUGCGUCUUCAGGAGAGAAGGGGGUCCAACGUGUCGCUGAUGCUGGACAUGAGCUCGCUGGGGAGUGUGGAGCCCAUCCAGCCUGUCUGCACACCACGGGACAUCACACUGAAGUUCCUGAGGACAUCCAGCCACGUGCUGAGGAGAGAGGAGCUCCAGCAACAUGCCCAGAGCCUGACACAGCUCCAGGAGGAGUUUUCGAAAAUCCCACCCAACUUUGUUAGUCCGGAGGAGCUGGAGAUCCCUGGACGUGCCUCCAAGGACAGAUACAAAACCAUCCUUCCCAAUCCUGAGAGCCGGGUCUGUCUCAGGAGGGCAAGAAACCAGGAGGAAGACAGCUACAUAAAUGCCAACUACAUCACGGGCUACGCAGGGCGGCCCCGGGAGUACAUUGCCACCCAGGGACCCAUGCUGAACACUGUGACUGACUUCUGGGAGAUGGUGUGGCAGGAGGAGGCGCCCCUCAUCGUCAUGAUAACCAAGCUCCAGGAGCGCAAAGAGAAAUGUGUCCACUACUGGCCUGAGAAGGAGGACACCUACGGCCCCUUCACCAUCCGUGUGCAGGGGGUGAGCGAGUAUGUGGAGUACGUGGUCCGGGAUCUCUCCAUCCAGCUUGAAGGUGAAUGCCGCCAGGUCAAACACAUCCUCUUCCCUUCCUGGCCGGACCAGCAGACACCCGAGUCAGCCAAGCCCCUGCUGCACUUGGUGUCCAAGGUGGAGGACACUCUGCAGGCUGCAGCCAUCCCAGGGCCCAUCGUUGUGCACUGCAGCGCAGGCAUUGGCCGGACGGGCUGCUUUAUCGCUACCAGGAUUGGGUGCCAGCAGCUGAAGGACAAGGGGGAGGUUGAUAUCCUGGGAAUUGUGUGCCGUCUCCGCAUAGACAGAGGCGGGAUGAUCCAGACAAGCGAGCAGUACCAGUUCCUCCAUCACACACUAGCUCUCUACGCUUCCCAGCUGCUGGAGGCAGGAGGCCACUAGUGCAGGGCUCCCACUGGGCUGCCAGCUCCUCACCCCGACCUCUCCUGCACCAGCCUCGGGGACACCUCCACCAAAACCCCUCCUGCUGCCACCGGGCCACAGAGCAGCAGCAUGAGCAUCCGUCAGGAUGAGCACAGCCAAGAAAACCCACGGGGAUUGUGGCCUUGUGACCCUGGGGAUGAGCAAGGUUUGGCAGGUUCACAUGAGGGAUUCAGUGGGUGCUCGAGGUGGCCAUUGCUGCUGGCUUGAGGCAGAUUUCACCCACAGAAAGAAGCUUUGGCUUUUGAAACAUGCAACUUUUUAUCCUCAACCAGAAGAGCAAGCUGU